AUGCCUAUUAGCUAUGCACAAGCCCAAGCUGCUGCCGUUGAGAGUCAGCGACGAAGUAUUGCAAUAACUGGCCGUACGACCCCAAUUACGAUCGAUUUCGUUGCUGCAUUUUGGAUCUGUGAUGGAUACCUAAAAGCAAUAAACGAAUCAUAUAAAAUCCCGAUUUACGCAGGGAAGGCCUACUGUGUUGCAAGACAUACGGCCAAAUUCAAGGCCGUAUUAGCAUCUACAUUUCCAUCGCACAAGGCAAUGAUUGAAUUCAUUGUAGGGACCUGCAAGAAGGAGCUUCUUUCAAUGGAUUGGAAGGUUGUAUCAUCAUUUUCCAAUUCAGGGCCUACAAUUGGCCCGUUUGAGUUCAAUGAUAGUGUAUACGAAGCAGUAUCACUAAGCUCAUUCUUUGAAGCAGCAAAUAUUGCAAUUCCUAAAAGGCCCAAUAGUCCUAUUAGCUUUACGUUCUUUAACUUUAACGUAUUGCCUAUGUCAGACUUCCCAAUUGAUUCAACUAAGCCUGUGGCUUCUAAGAUCAAGAAUGAACCCGUAUCUUCUGUUAAAAGAGAAUACGGUAUCAAAGAGGAGGUUAAAACGGAGGAUAAUAAUACUGCCGAUGCUGUAUCAUUCACUUGGGAAGAUAACGGCAAUGAAAGUGAUACUUCGGCAAUAUUAGCAACCUAUCAAGAAGAUAUCAUUGCAGUUGAGCAGCCAAUUGAGGAGGAAGGGCCAGAUGAGCAGCCAAUUGAGGAAGAAGGGCCAGAUGAACAGCCAAUUGAGGAGAAUCGGCCAAUUAAGAAGAAAGGGAUUGAACGGAAAGUGCUCCCUACGCGGGCAAAGCGAGGAAGGAAUCCUCGUAAUAGUUAA